UUGAUGAUUUCUUUUUUCUUUUCUUUUCUUUUUUGUUUUUUUUUUAAACUGGAUCCAAGAGAAGAGAAGAGAAGGUCCAAGAGAGAAGAGAAGACCGUUCCUCGUCAUAUGUGCCCUUUCCCUCCUCUCUCAGUUUUAUUUUUUAUUUUUAUUUUUAUUUUUUCUCUCUCGAAAUAUUCGAAAAAUCUCUCACUAACUAUACAGCUUGCAGACCUCACAGACAAGGACGUGCGUGGUUUACUCUUAUCAGAAACAAGAGGAGUGUAGUCUGUGUAGAGACCAGAGAAGGAGAAGUGAGCGGCUCUGCUUGGAGUGAUAAUGGUGGCCGGCAAGGUUAAGGUCGCAAUGGGGUUGCAGAGGUCGCCCGCCAAUAAUGCCAAGACGGAGACGCCGCCCAAGCCUCCGUUGCCUUCCCCUAGCUCUGCCAAGGGUCCUCAGAAGCCCGUGUUCUCUCGCUCUUUUGGGGUCUACUUCCCUCGUUCCUCCGCUCAGGUCCAGCCCCGACCGCCUGACGUGACAGAGUUGCUCCGUUUGGUGGAGGAGUUGAGGGAGAGGGAGUCUCGCUUGAAGACUGAGCUCCUUGAGCAGAAGUUGCUUAAGGAGUCUGUGGCGAUACUUCCAGUUUUGGAGAAUGAGAUCACGGCCAAGGAAGGUGAGAUUGAAAAGUGCGUGAAGAAAAUCGAGGGUUUGGAGGGUGAGAACGAGCGGUUGAGAGGAGAGGUGGAGGAGUUAAAGGUGAAGAUGGAGGAGGAGAGGCGAGAGAGCGAAGGGAAGGUGAAGGCGUUGGAGGCGGAGGUGGCGGAACUGAAGAAAGCAGCGUCGGAGCGGAGCAGAGUGGAGUCGAAGGCGUUGUGGACCGAAACAGGGGAGAGCGAUGAGCUUUCGUCUUCUCAGCGGUUUCAGGGGCUGAUCGAUGCGUCCGUGAAAUCGAAUCUGAUCAAGAGCUUGAGGAAAGGAGUCAAGUGUCCGGAAGUUCACGACAAUCAGAAGUUUGAAGUUUCAGAUUUGAAGAAAGAUGAAAGCGAACCAGAAAGGCCGAGACAUUCUCGGUGCAACUCCGAAGAAAUCGCCGAAACCUCCGAGUCUGUGAGAUCUCGAGUUCCUAGGGUUCCAAAACCUCCUCCAAAACCAUCAUGUUCAUCAUCAUCGUCGUCGUCGUCGUCAACGUCAUCAACAUCAUCAUCCACCACAACACCAGAAAACAGAGCUACACCAGAAGCUCCUACUCCACCGCCACCACCACCACCACCCACACUAACAAAAAAAUCAGUGCCUCCACCACCACAGCCACCAUCAAAAGCCGCCCCACCUCCGCCUCCACCACCUCCAAGAGGACUAAAACCAAUGCCAACAAAGGUGAGAAGAGUGCCGGAGGUGGUAGAGUUCUACCACUCCCUAAUGCGAAGAGACUCCCGGCGUGAUUCAGGAGCCGGAGCCCCGGACGUGCCGGCGAAUGCCAACGCCCGCGACAUGAUCGGAGAAAUCGAGAACCGGUCCUCUCACUUGCUGGCAAUCAAAACCGACGUAGAAACACAGGGUGAUUUCAUAAGGUUUCUGAUCAAAGAAGUCGAAAACGCCGCCUUCACAAACAUUGAGGAUGUGGUGCCAUUCGUAAAGUGGCUGGACGAUGAACUCUCUUUCUUGGUUGAUGAAAGGGCGGUGUUGAAACACUUCAAUUGGCCGGAGCAAAAAGCCGACGCAUUGCGUGAAGCAGCAUUUGGGUUUUGUGAUCUGAAGAAGCUUGAAUCCGAGGCUUCAUCUUUUAGGGAUGUUGCCCGCCAGCCUUGUGCUCCGGCUCUCAAGAAAAUGCAGGCUUUGCUUGAAAAGCUUGAACAUGGGGUCUACAACCUCUCCCGAAUGAGAGAAUCUGCUGCAAAGCGGUACAAAUUGUUUCAAAUUCCAAUAGAUUGGAUUCUCGAAACUGGAUUUGUUAGUCAGAUCAAGCUGGCAUCUGUAAAAUUAGCAAUGAAAUACAUGAAGAGAGUAUCAGCAGAGCUUGAAACAGUGGGCGGUGGCCCAGAAGAAGAAGAGCUGAUAGUUCAAGGCGUAAGGUUUGCAUUCAGAGUACAUCAGUUUGCGGGAGGUUUUGAUGUUGAGACAAUGAGAGCAUUUCAAGAGCUAAGAGAUAAAGCUAGGUCGUGCCAUAUACAGUGCCAAAACCAGCAACCACAGAAGUUUGUAUGCAGGUCCACACCUUGCUAAUCUGUAGCAAACUCAGCUCCAGAAUUGCUACGAGUUUUUGUUGUAAAGAUAAACUAUGUCUGUGAAUACAAUGGCAGACAGCCAUUUUGCAAUUCAGAUUUAUUCAUCCCCCA